AAAAAUAGCCAUACAAACUCUGGAGGCCUCUGCUCCCUUGUCGUCAAAGCUUUUUCUCUCAGCACAAAUCCAUGGCGGACACUCUUCCAUAGUUCUCCACCUCAAACCCAACCUCCAAUGGAAUCCGUCGCACGACGUCGUUUGGAUAUCCUUUGCUCCCACCUUGGCCCGCUCGCGGAAGCAUCGCAGUCCACUCGCCUUUUGGUCCAUUCCCGCGCUUCUUCUUCCGAUGGCGGUGGAGAGAAGGAAGCAAGUGCGGAGGAUAAUGGAAUGGAUUGCGUGUUUUGCAAGAUUAUCCGUAGAGAAUCCCCUGCUUUGAAGAUAUACGAAGACAAUGAAUGUAUCUGCAUUUUGGACAAGUACCCUCUGUGUUAUGGGCAUUCUCUUAUUAUACCAAAGGACCAUUUCCCUUCAUUGGACGCGACUCCUCCAUCGAUUAUCGGCUCGAUGUGUUCGAAAGUUCCUUUGAUCAGCGAAGCUGUCAUGAAAGCCACUGAUUGUGAUUCAUUCAAUUUGCUCGUCAACAACGGCGCAGCUGCAGGCCAAGUCGUCUACCAUACACACAUUCACAUAAUUCCACGCAAAGCUCACGACUGCUUGUGGACUUCCGAGUCGAUCCGGAGGCUGCCUUUGAAGAUAGACGAAGAAGGUUUGCAGAUCGCGAAGCGGAUACGACAGAAUCUUCCGCUUGGCAAUGGCUGUGAGGAUAGCAAAACGCUCAUCUAAAGGUUAGUCUGCAUUAUACUCCAACUUUUUAUCAUGUUUUUUUUAAUCAAUUUUGAUUUCAUGAUUUCAUGAUUUUUUGUUUUCUGUUUUUUGUUUGUUUGUUUGUUUUUUUUUUUUUUUUGUGUCUAAUUCUAUGGAAUUGUUGAUUAUGGAAUGGGAAUAAAACUGUAUUAUACAUAAUAUGUAUACGUAUAAAUAUACAUAUUAUAUGUGGGGGACAGAGGGAUAUAUUUACUUUUUAGACAGAGACUCGCAUGGGGCAUAUAUAU